AUGCCGCCAUCAUCAACUCUGCUUACACCCCAAACCUCACAAAUCUUCUCUUUGUUUCCCAAUCCAUUCUCUCUCUCUAACCCUGAUUCCCAAAUCUCAUCUCAAACCCUUACAGUUCUUAGAAAACCCAACUCAUUCUCUCUCUCAGUUUCCACAAAUUCAUACUCAUCUUCUUACUCACAAAACCAAAGUCCGUACUCAGUAGAUGAAGAAGAAUAUGAUGUAAUUGGUGAUUGUGUUGUCUUUGAAGAAGGAAUUUUUGAAGACACAUUUCUUGAAAAAAAUGAUUUUGGUUCUGAAAAACCUAACAGUAAAAUUGUAUCAAAAACACCAGUUAAGGAAGAAACUUCGGUACCAGAUAAUUGGAGAGAAGUACAAGAUGAAAUCAAUAUUACUAAGAAAGAAAGGAGAAAAAUUGUGCACUCCAUUGAAUUUGGUAGUAAAAUUCAGAAGAAAAACAAAGGGGUUCCUGUGACUAGUAUAGUAGAAUUUUUGUCUUAUAGAAAGUAUAAGUUAGCUCAACUGAACCCUGAUAUUCUUGAUAACCCCGAUUUUGAUUUGAAAGAGGAUGAGAGGGAAGAUGAAAUUAUUCCUUCUUCUACUGCUACAUCAAGCAGUAGCAACCGAGUAGCUCAUAGGAAUCCUAGAUUGGUUGUUUAUCAGGGUACUUUUGAUGAUAUAACUGAGUUAUUUAAUAGUGGUGAUUAUGUACUUGGGGCAAACAGUGACAAGAAAUCAUAUGAAGACUUAACUCAAACUGUUCAUAGAUAUUGCAUGUUCUGUCAGGGAUAUCCAGAUAUUCAACUUCGUGGAUCUCAGACAAAUGUAAUAGAUUAA